UGCCGCGCUGCAAUGCAAUGAAAACAACUUUUAUUUAACUGUUUAAUAAUACCUACUACACUGCAGGGAGGGACCACAAUGAGAACAGAAAACUUGAAAAUAUAUUGAAUCAAACACAGAUCUUUGAUUCUAACCGCUUUUUUGUUUGCAACUUACGAGCAACUCGUUGACAACCCUGACUCGUAGAACGAAUGAGCGUGCGUGGAUAACGACAACGCUCACAACACGGCGAGCGAGAAAGCGGGUAAAAUACGCCCAUCGCUUGUGAUCGCUUUUCGCGCAUUUUGCUUGCGCGUGCUCGCAAUACAGUAGCGACUUCUCUUUCACUCAGAGACGCCAAACGGACAAUAACAUAAAAUUGUGCAAUCAAUCAAAUACCUAAGAUGGCGACUCCCUCAAAUGGAAGUGGUAAUUUAGUUGAGGAAUUUGAAGAAUCAUUUCAGGCAUGUCUGAACGUGCUGACGAAGCAGGAGGCGUCUCCGAGCGUGGAGAAGGAGGAGGUGAAGGUGGAAGUGGAGCGGUUCAUCGACCUGGCCAGGCAGAUGGAGGCGUUCUUCCUUCAGAAGAGGUGAGUGCAAUAAUAACGGAUUAGCUAUAAU